AUGGCACCGCGCCAAACAAAAUCACUGCGUGGCUUGAAUUUGAGAAAGUCAACAUCGGCUACACCCAUGGCUUCGACUCAAGAACAGGAGGACACUAAACCCAUAUUGACUGCUGUAGUGGCACCUGACUUGCAUCCGCCCUAUCAGGUUGAUCCGGAUGGAGAUAUUAUUCUCUUCACACCAAAAACCCCCCUGAUUGACAUCAGCAAAGGCAAUGUGCCGGGAAACUACGCUCGCUUCCAAGUCUCAUCGAAGCACCUAGCACUAGCAUCGGCUUAUUUCAAGCGACUGCUGAAAGAUUGUUGGGCUGAAGGGAGUGCUCUUUCAAAGAAGGGAUCCGUUGAGAUUCCCGUCAACGACUGCAAACCAGAUAUCCUUCUGGUCCUUUUGAACCUCAUCCAUGGACGUUCACGACAAGUUCCCCUGAAGCUGACCCUACCACAAUUGAGUGAUAUCGCCGUGGCAACUGAUUUUUUUCAAUGCAACGAGGUGGUCGAAGUGUUUGCUGGAAUCUGGAUACAAGCCCUGGAGUCGCUUGUUCCGUCUUCAUUUUCACAAGACAUGAAAAUAUGGAUGAUGAUCUCCUGUGUCUUCCGGUCCCACUCUGUGAUCUUCCAGAAAACAACAAAAAUUGCCAUACAGCAAGCAACAGGGCCAUUUGACACAAGCAAUCUCCCGAUUCCAAAUUCCAUCAAAGACAAAAUUGAUCAAUGUAGACAGAAAGGCAUCGAAAAAUUCGAAUUAAUGAUCAAAGAACACAUUUCAAGACUGCUGAAAGGUCCAGCUCAGUGUUCUGAGAGUUGCGAUGCAGCACACCUAGGCCUCACACUCGGUAAAUUGAUCAGAAGGAAGAUAUCUUGCUUGAUCGAUACGGCCCACUUAUUUGAGUCUGGUCCGGCUCUAUCAGUCACCGUCGAUAUCCGGGAGUCCAGCCCUGCCAUCAUCUAUACUAUGAUCAAGCAAUGGGAAACGAUUAGCGAUUGCCAUCGCUCGGGUUUAUGUUCCAAUAAAAUGAAUCCUUUCGGCGGUGACGGUAAAAGGCGAGCAGAUCGAAUUUAUUGCUCGCUGAAUGGACUUACAUGGGAUGCGAAAGCGAAGACUUGA